GCGAAUUGAUUAUCUGUCUCAAAAUGAAUACCCGCACUAUCUGAAUAAUCAGAGAUUUAUUUAUUUUAACACAGGACACUUUAGAUGCUGUGGAAUCGGAAAUAGAAUAGGACGGGUAGACAGUGAGCGGCUCGCUAUGGCGGUCGAAGAAUGUGUUUAAUUGAACGGCGAGAUUUUGAAUUACUUGGUUACGUAGUUAUCUUCGCAAGAAAUUUGUUACGCAAUAAUACGAAAUACUUUGUUAAUUACUUUUUGAAUAUUGUUGAAAUAUAUUUUUUGCAAAUCUUAUUAACUUUAAAAGUGUGGCUUUAUAACAAGUUAUUGAGGUACAUAAAAAGUUGAAUACAUGCAAGGCGGUAGGAUUUUAUAGCAGGUGUCUUUGACGUUGAGUAAAAUAAUUGUUUAGUAUUUUGUCAAUAUCAUUAUUACGGAUGUGAUGACUAUUUUGUUGGACUAUUCUGGAGAGAAAUUGAACUAUUUCUGUUUCAACUGAAGAUAAGGAGAAGUAAAAUAUUUCCUAAAAGAGUAAACUGCCUGAGAGAGGAUGACGUCAUACAGGAAAUUCUCUGGUAAACAACGCGGUGAGCACGAUGAACCACCAUCUUACAACAUCCGGUUUGAUUACAGCAACACAUAUCUCGACAAUGAAGACCUUGAUAAUCGUUUGGAGAACCAAGCAUACGAGUUGCAUCGUGAACAGUUCAGAAGAGGUGUAGAAACCGAUAAAAUGUUGAAGGAAACAAAACAAAACGCAGACGAGAUGCUGCAGUUAAAGAAUGCCAUUAAAAAUAGAGAUCCGUACGAAUCAUCCAACAGAGUUUCCAGUUCAGCUGACCUUAAACGGAAACCAUCUAGCAAACAGUUACGUUCAAGUGCUUCCGUUGAGAACGACACAAUAGCCGAACAAAGUGGUUUAGCCAAUGAUGCCAAUACUAACGGAAAUAUUAAAGUAGAUGAAGUUGACGGAUCACAAGAUACGGAAAAGAAAAUACAGUCAAAACCGUUAAAUACUUUAACAAUGUUUUUACUUUCUCUUCAAACAUUUAAACGGAACAGCCAUCAAAGAAAACCAGAUACACAUAAACCACAUGCUGGAGAGCAACAUCCUAACGCAAAUAUUGAACAUUCCCAUGCACGAUCUACGACUUUGUCAACCAGUAACCAGAUAAAGAGACCAUCUAGUUACCAUUCAGGAGAUCAGAGAUUAUAUGAAAGUGGACGUCACAGAACGGAAACAGACAAAACAGCAGGAUCUCAGUAUGGAAUUCAUGUUAGGAAAGAUCAUACGAGAUCCCGACGAAAACUUGAAGAACUGAGUAAGCUGGAGCAAGAUUCUAAAUAUGGAUAUGUUGAUAAAUAUGAAGAGAGACGAAAGAAACUGUUAGCUUCGUGUAAGGAUACAAAGACGAUAGACGAUCGUAUACAAACAUUUCUAAAGGACGUAGAUGAAUUUAAGUCAAUGGCAAGUGAGGAGAAUUCUCUAGAGAAAGUAUUAAUGCGCAGUAAAUCAGCACGCUUUACAAGAGUAAAGUCAUUUGCGUGGUGAAACUUGAGUAUAUAAUAUUUACAAUAAUGUUGGUGAUGUUUGUUCGUUAUAUCUCAUUACUACAAUGGGUUUAUGCUAUAUUGUGCACUAGAAUAAGUGAAAAAUAUGAAUUCAUUUGAAAAUCUAUAAAAAUGUCUACAAUUUAUAAAUUGUCAAAUAACAUGAACGAUCCGAGCAUUUCUUUUAGUGAUCAUUUCAGAUAUAAAUGUGUGGGCCUAUAUAGUGCCACGCAAUUCUGACUCGUUAACUAUGGUAUAUGCGACUGAUAUAUUCAUAUGUAUAAGUGGGUUUUAUAGAUAUUAAAUAUAUACCCCAUAAAAGUUAUUGUGCAUUUUUGUCUUGGUGUACCUAAACACCCAUCAUUGAUGCAAUUUAAAGACAAUAUAUGUAUAUAGGUAUAUGUAA